AACUUUAAUCGCGUGUCUACCCAAGAAUGUCAGAAAUAAAUGGAUCAGUUCAAAAGUCGCGUAAACGUUUUAUUGGGAAAGCAGCUGCAAAGAAAAAGCAGGAAGAAGCUCAACAAGUGGCAAAUGUUGAGGAUAGCAAAUCUAUUAUUGCUAUAGAGGAUUCGCCAGUAAAACUUAAAUCUUCGAGUCGAAUAGUAAAUCAAAUUCCUUUUGAAAUAUUAAAUGAUUCUUUAUUAAAUAAAGCGAUUGAACAGCUUCCAUCAAAUUAUAAUUUUGAAAUCCACAAAACAGUAUGGCAUAUUAAACGUUCUGAGGCUACCAAAGUUGCAUUACAAUUUCCGGAAGGCCUUUUGAUGUUUGCAUGCAUUAUUGCAGACAUAUUAGAAAGUUUUUGUAAUAUUGAAAUAAUUAUAAUGGGAGACGUAACAUAUGGAGCUUGUUGUAUAGAUGAUUAUACUGCUAAAGCUUUAGAAUGUGAUUUUAUGGUACAUUAUGGACAUAGUUGUUUAGUUCCCGUAAACAUUACAACCAUAAAGACACUAUAUGUCUUUGUAGAUAUUAGUAUUGAUACGGAUCAUUUCAUAAAUACCAUAAAACUAAAUUUUGAGAAUGGUAAAAAAUUGACCAUUGUUGGCACUAUUCAAUUUGUUGCCGCUAUUCAGGCAGCAAAAAAACCUUUGGAAAAUGAUUAUUCUUUAUUUGUACCACAAGCAAAACCUUUAUCACCUGGAGAAAUAUUGGGUUGUACAUCACCAAAAUUAGGCGAACAAGAUGCUAUAAUUUAUCUUGGUGACGGCAGAUUCCAUUUAGAAUCCAUAAUGAUUGCUAACCCAGAUAUACCCGCGUUUCGCUAUGAUCCGUAUUCCAAGAAAUUUACACGAGAACGUUAUGAUCACGCGGAAAUGCAUUCCUUAAGAAAACACGCAAUUGAUUUGGCCAAAAAAGCCAAAAAAUUUGGGCUAAUCCUAGGAACUUUGGGCAGGCAAGGAAGUCCAAAAGUAUUAGAGUACCUUGAAGAGAAAAUGAAAUCUCGUGGCCUAGAUUAUAUUUGCAUAUUGCUAUCUGAGAUAUUUCCUGAUAAAUUGGAACAAUUUCAAGAUAUUGAUGCAUGGAUUCAAAUUGCAUGUCCACGCUUGUCGAUAGAUUGGGGUUAUGCGUUUCCAAAGCCAUUAUUAACGCCAUAUGAAGCAUCAGUUGUAUUAGAUGCAAUUGAUUGGCAAUCCGUCUAUCCAAUGGAUUUUUAUGCUAAUGAUAGUUUAGGACCCUGGACGCCUAAUCAUGGGAAAGGGAAAAUUAAACGAUAACAACUGGAAAAUAUAACAUUUUCAUAUAUAUAUAUUU